UUGGCAACUAGGAUGCGGAAGCGUCGGCUGCAGCGGGGAAGCUCGGUUGCCCAGCAGUUGCCACCAUGGCAGCGGCUGGGGGCCCAGGAACCGACGGCGGGAGUCCCGUGGCUGGAGGAGGGGAGGGGAUGAAGCCACUCAUACUUGGAGCUAAGAUUGAAUUGAAUCCAGUUGCUGGUGUCUGUCUUAAUGGCUUCUUGAUGCUUGAACCCUGCUGAAACCAUUGUGCAAGUAACCGACAGUUAAAGUACAUCAGCUUAGCUGUCUUGGUGGUGCAGAAUGCCUCACUCAUCCUCAGUAUCCGCUAUGUGCGCACGCUUCCUGGCGACCGAUUCUUUGCCACUUCAGCUGUGGUCAUGGCUGAGAUUCUCAAGGGAGUCACCUGCCUGCUGCUCAUCUUUGUUCAGAAGCAAGGUAACUUGAAACAGUUCGCUGCUUCCCUGUAUGACUCCAUUGUGGUGCAGUACAUGGACACUCUCAAGCUAGCAGUGCCUUCUCUCAUUUAUACCCUCCAAAACAACCUCCAGUAUGUGGCCAUCUCCAACCUGCCUGCAGCCACCUUUCAGGUCACCUACCAACUGAAGAUCCUCACCACAGCAGUCUUCUCUGUGCUGAUGCUCCGCAAGAGCCUCUCCCGUCUCCAGUGGCUGUCCCUUGUGCUCCUUUUUGCCGGCGUAGCCAUUGUCCAGGUGGAGCAACAGCAGGCAGGGGGCAAGCCAGCCCCUGGGGGCGAGGGAAUGCAGCAAAGCUACCUUGUGGGGCUUGUGGCAGUGGUGGUAUCAUGCCUCUCGUCUGGUUUUGCUGGGGUCUAUUUUGAAAAGAUCCUCAAGGGCAGUGCUGCCUCGGUCUGGCUACGCAACGUCCAGCUGGGCAUCUUCGGGACCUUGCUGGGGCUGCUGGGCAUGUGGUCUGCAGAUGGGGCAGCCGUGGCUCAGCAUGGAUUCUUCUUCGGCUACUCCCCACUGGUGUGGGGAGUGAUUCUGAACCAGGCCUUUGGUGGCCUCCUGGUGGCUGUAGUUGUGAAAUAUGCUGACAACAUCCUCAAGGGCUUUGCCACGUCCUUCUCGAUUGUGGUGUCCACCGUGGCCUCCAUCUACCUCUUUGACUUCCACCUCAACCUGCUCUUUGCUCUAGGGGCAGGGCUGGUCAUAAGUGCAGUCUAUCUAUACAGCUUGCCCAAGGGAUCUUUGGCCAGUCGGUCCUUGGUGGGGACAGCUGCACACCAGCAGGGUCAUGCUGCACAAAGCAAGGAACUUCCUUCUGUGACUACAGACGACUUCCUGUCCAAGAUCUCCUCCAAAGAAAAAGGCUCUUAAAGCAGCAAGCAACCUGGAAGACCUUCAGUUGCAUCCUAUCUCUGCCACCAUCUCACCUGGCUGAAGAGAUCUCAGUUCCAAUUCUGCUUGGAUGCUUCCCCAGAACCGAAGAAUUCACAGUUCUGUCACAUUUACAAGGACA